CAACAUGUGUUGUAACCAGAACGAGACGAGGGGGUGCAUUUAGCAGUUUUCUUAAAAAUUUAAGAUUUAACCGGAACUAAAACGGAGUCUGUUCUUCCUCAUCAUCUUCGUAGGGCCAAAGCUCGCAGUUAUUGCUGAAUUGAUUUCCACGAUUCCAUCGAAAUCGCGCAAGUGAUGAACAAUGAAUAGAAACUGAAAUUUCCGUGUUCGCGAUUCAAUGGCGGGAACGGGAUUCGGUGGCGCAAUGGCACCGACGCCGUUGAUCAGAUCGUGGAGAACCGCGUUUCUGACACUGAGAGAUGAAUCCCUAACGAAUCCUCCUCGUAAUUCCACUUCUCAAAUGCUUCAUAAUCUUAUUUUCUCUCAUUCUCAUACUCUUCUUUCCGCCGCACCAGAACUUCCUUCUCACGAGGUUUUAUCGGAUAUUUUGUUUAUGAUGGAAUUGGUUGCAUCUAGUUCUUCAGAUGAAGAUGAUUGUGUUCAUAUCUAUACUCAGACAUCACGAUUGAUUCAUGAUAUUUGUUGGCAUGUUAAGUUCGAGAUAAAUGGAUCCUCUUUUAGUAGUGUUCUUGGUUGUUUUCGGAAGUUGCUGGAUCGGUUUCUCUCAAAAUAUGCUACUGGUGCUGCUGUUGAAUGCUUGAAUGCUAUUAGAUGUAUCAUUACCCUAUCGCAUCGAAGAUGGUUGCAGUCUGAAGAUGCUAUACUAGUUAAAUUUCUGCUUGAUGUUAUCGUUAGCUCUCAAGGCAUAUCAUUUUGGAUGCCACAUUCAGUAUACAAAGAAAUACCUGCUGUGAUUAAUAUGAAUUUUUCUACAGAAAGCAGUUCAAGUGAGUUACAGACAGUAGCUUUUGAGAUGCUCAGUGAAGCUAUCUCAAGAGCUGGGUCAUCCUUCCCGGUUGAUAUCUGGAGAUCAAUGCUUGAGGUGGUCAGAAAAACAAUGGAUGUCAUGGCAUUAAAAACCCCAGCUGUGGAAGAUAUUGCGAUGUCCAGGUUUUAUGAAUCUUUCCUAAGCUGUCUGCAUCUGAUUCUUACUGAUCCUAAAUGUUCAGUAUCUGAUCAUGUGUCAGUUUUUGUUGCCGUGUUGAGAAUGUUCUUAAAUUAUGGACUUUCUGGUAGAACCCCAAGUACUUUGCUAGUUGGACAUUCAAAGAAGGACCUUAAUAAUGUAAGUCCUAAGGCACACAGAGAGCACCUGAACAAGUCAGACCGUAGUGUAUAUAGGCCUCCACACUUGCGAAAAAGGGACUGCUCAAAUGUGAAGCCCAAUAGAGCUGCACAUUCUCAAUAUAUCUCUGAUAGUGAAUCUUCUACCAUGAAUGUUACAUCUUCAGAUUCAGAUUUUAGUGAUGGAGAUGGAUCAGCUAAAGAGAGUGCCAAGGGGCAGAACUCUAGGGUUAGAGUUGCUGCUAUAAUUUGUAUACAGGAUCUUUGUCAAGCUGAUUCUAAAUCUUUCUCCAUGCAAUGGUCCUUGCUUUUGCCAACCAGUGAUGCACUACAACCAAGGACACGUGAUGCAACUUUAAUGACUUGCCUGCUAUUUGAUCCUUGUUUGAAGGUACGCAUGGCAUCUGCAUCAACACUAGUGGCCAUGUUAGACGGUCCUUCUUCCAAUUUCCUGCAAGUUGCAGAAUACAAAGAAUCUAGCAAACUUGGAUCUUUUACUGCACUUUCAAGCUCCCUUGGGCAAAUUUUACUGGAAAUUCAUAGAGGUAUUCUUUACUUGAUACAGCAUGAAGCUCAUGGUAAAUUGCUGGCAUCGUUGUUCAAAAUUAUCAGGCUUUUGAUAUUAAACACACCAUAUUCAAGAAUGCCGCCAAAUUUGUUGCCUACUGUUAUUACUUCUCUUAAAACAAGGAUUGCAGGAGGAUUUCGGUACAAAAGUGACCAGAAUAAUCUGCUGGAUGCUGCGGUUGGUUGUUUGACAUUAGCUCUGUCUACCUCACCAUCCUCUGCUCAAGUAAGGAAGAUGCUCCAUGACGAGAUUUCUUCAGGUUAUCUUGAGAAUGGAAAGAAGUCGGGUGUUCUUUUUUUGUUAUUUGAAUAUUCAUCGCAAGGAAGUUGCCCAAGCAUUUGCCUUGAAGCUCUUCAGGCACUUAAAGCUGCAUUCCACAAUUACCCUAGCAUAGUGACAGCAUGUUGGGAACUAGUUUCUGCAACUGUGUAUAGUUUUCUUAGUAUUGUGUGUCCUGAAGUUCCAUCAAAGCAGUCAAGUGAACAUGUCGGGAGUACAACUGUGUGUAUUAACGAAAAAGUUCUUAUCACUGCUAUUAAGGUUCUAGAUGAGUGUCUUCGGGCUGUGUCUGGAUUUCAAGGAACGGAGGAUCUUUCAGAUGAUAAAAUGGUGGAUCCUUUUACAUCCGAUUUCAUUAGGAUGAAGAAAGUGUCAUCUGCUCCAUCUUACGAACUAGAGUACAGAGAUCUUGAAGUAGUCAACCCUGAAGAAUGUGAAUCUGGAAUUAAGCAAUGGUGUGAGGCAAUGGAGAAGCAUAUGCCUCUGAUCUUGAGUCACUCUUCAGCAAUGGUGAGGGCUGCGUCUGUUACAUGUUUUGCGGGCAUGACUUCGUCUGUGUUCAUCUCUUUCACAAAGGAGAAGCAGGACUUCAUUUUGUCUUCUUUAGUCCGUGCUGCUGUACAUGAUAAUGCAUCAUCAGUGAGAUCUGCUUCCUGUCGAGCCAUUGGUGUCAUUUCAUGUUUUCCACAAGUGUGUCAGAGUGCAGAGGUACUUGACAGGUUUAUUCAUGCUGUUGAGAUAAACACUCGAGAUGCCCUAAUCUCAGUGAGGAUAACGGCUUCAUGGGCAUUGGCAAAUAUAUGUGAUGCCAUUCGUCACUGUGUUAGAGUACUUCACUUUGGACAGAUGGAUUCAAACUCCAACCCCCAGUUUAUUGUAUCAUUGAGCGAAUGUGCUUUGCGUCUUACAGAGGAUGGGGAUAAGGUUAAAUCUAAUGCUGUGAGGGCUCUUGGGUAUAUUUCACAAAUCUUCAAUUGUUCAACGUCAAGAUCUCACGAAACGUCUGUGCACAGCCUUGAUCAAAGGACUGAGGCCCCUAUCGCUAGUGAGAAUCCAAUGGUGUGUCAACGGCGUUGCCUAUUGGAUUCCCUCGAAGAUUUUCAUAGGCUGGAAAAAAUAGUUCAGGCAUUUAUUUCCUGCAUUACUACAGGGAAUGUUAAGGUCCAGUGGAAUGUUUGUCAUGCUCUAGGAAACCUAUUCUUGAAUGAGACAUUAAGGCUGCAGGACAUGGAUUGGGCUCCAGUCGUGUUUGGCAUUCUUCUGCAGCUAUUACAUAAUUCAUCAAAUUUUAAGAUCAGGAUACAAGCUGCUGCAGCAUUGGCUGUGCCUUUGUCAGUGCAAGAUUAUGGACGAUCCUUCCCAGACAUUGUGCGAUCCAUAGAGCAUAUAAUGGAGAAUAUAGAUCAGGACCCAAUUUCUGGGCCUUCAAAUUUCAAGUAUAGGGUUUCAUUACAAAAACAGCUUACCUUGACCAUGUUACACGUUCUACGCUUUACAUCAAGUACAAAUGAUCAAUUGUUGAAAGAUUUUCUAGUGAAGAAAGCAUCCAUCCUUGAAGAUUGGCUCAAGAGACUAUGCUCAUCUGUUGGGGGGAUGGUUGAUGUUCAAGAUAAAUCUGUUGCAGAUCGAAAGAAAGUAAUGAUAUCCCGCGCAAUACAGUCAUUGAUAGAAGUAUACAAAGAAAAACAACAGUAUGCAAUCACUCAAAAGUUUGAGGAAUUGAAGAACAUCUUAUGAAGGUGAAGUCAUGAAAUGAGAUGGAUUCACGUAAUGAUUUGUUUUUGAGGUCUACCAGUGAAAAUUAUACCAUUCUAGUAGGUGGAAUGAACAGGCCUUGCAAGCAAAUGUAAUCUUGGCAAUAAAUCAGAUACAGUCGAGAUAAAGCAAUGAACGGAUGGAUUAGCUGUAUCAAUGGUAAAAGAGAAUGCUUUUCUCGACAAGAGGACGUAUUGUGUAUACAUAUCUUGUUGUAUUGGCAACAGAUUUCUGGAAUGGAUGGACUAAUUAUAUCAAUGUGAAAAGUGAUUGCUUUUCUCAACAAGAGGAUUUCUCGCUGUAAUGGUGACAUAUUUCUGGAACAAUUUUUUUUUUUUUUUUGACAAAGUCGAUUGUAUUUGUUCUUGUAAAAAAAAGUGGAUUAUAUUUGUUACUUUGUUAGCAAAUUUUUUAUUUUGUGAUUGGUUCA